AUGGAGGAGAGCAUGGAAAUCGACAGUCCCAGGGGUACCAAAAGGAAGGCGGAUGAGGACUUACUGGCCGAAGCUACACCCCGGCGGAUCAAGGCCCUGGAUCCUGAUGUCGUGAACAAGAUCGCAGCAGGCGAGAUCAUUGUGGCGCCUGUACAUGCUUUGAAAGAAUUGAUCGAGAACGCGGUCGAUGCUGGAUCCACAUCACUAGAGGUCCUUGUCAAAGAGGGUGGUCUCAAGUUGCUCCAGAUUACCGAUAAUGGCCACGGCAUCGAGAAAGAGGAUCUCGAAAUCUUAUGCGAAAGGUUUACAACGUCAAAACUCAAGAAGUUUGAGGACCUAGGCAGCAUCGCCACGUACGGCUUUCGCGGCGAGGCGCUGGCUAGCAUCAGUCAUAUUGCCCACUUGCAGGUGACCACGAAAACAAAGGACUCGAACUGUGCCUGGCGUGCUCAUUACGAUAGUGGCAAACUGGCACCUGCAAAGCCUGGCCAAUCUGCCGAGCCAAAGCCUGUGGCCGGGCGCAAUGGCACACAAAUCACUGUAGAAGAUCUAUUCUACAAUGUCCCUACACGUCGAAGAGCUUUCCGGUCACCGUCUGAAGAGUACAACAAGAUCAUUGACAUGGUUGGGAGAUAUGCCAUUCACUGCCGGGGUGUUGCAUUCUCCUGCAAGAAGCAUGGUGAUUCAGGAACUUCGAUUGCUGUCCAGUCAGGCACAUCAACCGUUGACCGCAUCCGCCAAAUACAUGGCGGGAGUGUGGCGAAUGAGCUGAUCGAAUAUUCGGUCUCCGAUGAUCGCUAUGGGUUCAAAGCUGAAGGCUUGGCAACCAACGCGAAUUACCACAUCAAGAAGACAACUCUACUGCUUUUCAUUAACCACCGCUCAGUAGAGUCGUCCAACAUCAAGAAGGCAGUAGAACAAACAUACUCGACUUUCCUUCCCAAAAACGGGCAUCCUUUUGUCUACCUCAACCUCGAGAUUGAUCCGCAGCGCGUCGACGUCAACGUUCACCCUACCAAACGAGAAGUCAACUUUCUCAAUGAAGAUGAGAUCAUACAGUCAAUUUGCGAAAAUAUCCGCGACAAACUUGCGGCCGUCGAUACUAGUCGCACCUUUUUGACGCAAACUUUGCUGCCUGGUACUGUUCUGCCCAGUGAUGCAACUCAGUCUGAUGUGGAUGGCGCGACUAAGAAAUCGGCUGCCAAGGGCAAAGCAUCCGCGAGGCCAUAUGAAAACAACCUGGUGCGCACCGACGCCUCACUCCGAAAGAUCACCAGUAUGUUCCAGCCUGCGAACAAGGAAGAGUCCGUCGCCGAACACGUGGAUGGUAUGGAACCAGAGUAUGAACAUUCGGAUCGUGAGGCAGUGGUGUGCCGUUUGACAAGUGUGCGGGACUUGCGGGCAGAAGUACGCGAUGAUAUGCACCAUUCUCUUACAGAAAUCUUUGCAGGCCAUACCUUUGUCGGAAUCGUCGACGAGAGGCGACGACUGGCAGCGAUGCAGGGAGGCGUCAAACUCUAUCUGGUUGACUAUGGCCGUGCUUGCUACGAGUAUUUUUACCAAGUGGGUUUAACAGAUUUUGGCAAUUUUGGCACGAUUCGCUUCCAGCCAUCACUGGACCUGCGUGAGAUCUUGUCCAUCGCCGCCGAACGCGAGAAAUCUACUGCCGCAGAGGGCGAAUUGGCCGAGGAUGACGACUUUGACGUCGAGGACGUGGUAAAUACUGUAGCAGAACAGUUGAUCGAGCGACGGGAAAUGCUUCUCGAGUACUUCAGCUUCGAGGUAACGCCGGACGGUGAACUGCUCAGCAUACCACUUCUUGCCAAGGGCUAUACUCCGUCCAUGGCCAAGCUGCCGCAGUUUCUGCUUCGACUUGGACCUCAUGUUGAUUGGAACGAUGAACGUGGCUGUUUUGACACGUUUUUGAGAGAACUGGCAAGCUUUUAUGUUCCUGAGCAGCUUCCGCCCCUGCCAGGAAAUGCUGAGCAGCUCGAGGCCGAAAACAUAGCCGAAGAGGUCAAAGCAAGGCGAGCACAUGUACGGCGUGCUGUGGAGCAUGUGUUUUUCCCAGCUUUCAAGGCUAGGCUGGUUGCUACGAAAUCACUCAUGAAGGGAGGUGUUUUGGAGUUGGCAGAUUUGAAAGGUCUAUAUCGAGUCUUUGAGCGAUGUUGA